UCAACCCUUCAUUUCCAACCCAUCACCUUCUUUUGCUCUCCCUCUCCCUGUCUGCAGUCCAACAGUUCUCAAGAGAGAGAUGUCUGGAGUCUGGGUGUUCAAAAAUGGAGUUGUGAGGCUCGUGGAGAACCCUGCAAAUGAGCAGUCCUCUACAGUUCGUCGGAAGGUAUUACUUCACACUCCCACAAAUGAGGUCAUCAACUCCUAUGCCUCUCUUGAGCGCAAGCUCACUAGCCUCGGGUGGGAGCGAUACUACGAAGACCCCGACCUCCUCCAGUUCCACAAGCGCUCGUCCAUCGACCUCAUCUCCCUCCCGAGGGAUUUCAGCCAGUUCAAGUCCAUGCACAUGUAUGACAUCGUCGUCAAGAAUCGCGACUCCUUCCGGGUCAUCGAUAUGUAGUAUUUAUUCCCUAAACGAUGGACUUCCACUUUAGUGUUCAGAUAUCAUUGGUGUGAGCUUGAUCUUUCCAUGGCUUUUGCCUUGUUUCUUCCGCUGUUUGUUUCAUGUGUGUGUCCUGUUGUCGCAUUGUGAGAUCCUGUAGAAAUGGAAUAUUUAUGGGCUUCUCGUCCAAUAUUUAUUCUGUUGUAUUAUUACAUGCAAAUAAGAUGCUUAGCAACCCAAGAGUAACAUUCUGUCUGA